AGAGGGGCAGGGGCAGGUCCUGCAUAGGCCCAGGCCUCACCUCCGCCCUGACCCCUCCCCACCUGCAGUCUUUGCCUUCCUCAGCUCUUCUUCCCAGACAGGCUGGGCGGCUGCUGACCCCGCCAGCUCUGGCACCCUCUCCUCAGGGUGGCCGCUGCCACCCCAGCUCAGACAGAGGGCCAUGGCCUGGGAGGCCCCAUACCUGCUGCCCCUUGUCCUGCUGCUGCUCCUGGCCUCAGGCUCCUGGGAACAGCAGCCACUGCUGCUGCAGAAACUGGAAGGGGAGGAAGUCUCCAUAAGGUGCGAUUAUCCAGUCCAGCAAGAUUGGACGAGGAAAACCUGGUGCAGAGUAACAUCACCAGGAACUUGUACCUUAUUAGUCACAAAUCCCAGGCUCGGCCGUGACCCUGGAAACCCACGAUACAUCAUCAGGGAUUACCCCGGAGAGAGGUACUUCACCGUCACCAUGACUGCGCUGGCAGAGCAGGACUCGGGCUUGUAUUCGUGUGGAUUCUAUGACUCUUCCCGGAUCAACAUUCUCAGAACCAUCCGUCUGGUGGUCUCUCAGGCCCUCACACAAGCCUCGAGUGUUACUGCACAAGUCCCACCAACCAGCCGCGGAGGACAGGAGCUGAGCCUGCCGCCUGGCCGGGCCCUUUCCGAGCUGCAGGUGAUGGCUAUUGUUCUGACUUGCGGAUUCGUCCUGAACAAGGGCCUGGUGUUCUCAGUCCUGUUUGUCCUUCUCCGGAAAGCCAGGGCCUCAGGCGAGCCAAACCCAGGGGAGCAGCAAAGUCACCCUUUCAGGAGCUGACGGGCAUGCCUUCCUCCCCUAGCAAACAUCACAUCCUCUCUCUGUUCCCCAAACGAACAAACAAAUAAACUGAUCUCUCAGGGAAGAAAAAGGCUUCAGAAACUUCUUUUGUGAGGUCUCUGCCCAGCCCUUUUCUUACUGAGAGAAACGUACUGAGCAGAAAGUGUGGGGAGCUGGGAGGAAGGAGACCCACUGAACUAAUCAGAGGCCCAAGAAAAUGGCAAACUAUCUU